CUUCCCCCCCCCUUGCCCCAUGAGUUACCUGAAAGCCGUGCCGCAGUUGGGGGAGGCUCAGCCCUCAGAGGACAGGGUAGGCCCAACAGCCCAGCAGCCCGGCAGCCCGACUACGCACCGUCGCACAAUCGAUGACUUUGAAAUUGGGCGACCUUUGGGCAAGGGGAAAUUCGGGAAUGUGUACCUGGCUCGGCUCAAGGAAAGCCGUUUCAUUGUGGCCCUGAAGGUUCUUUUCAAGUCCCAGAUAGAGAAGGAAGGCCUGGAGCACCAGCUGCGCAGGGAAGUUGAAAUCCAGGCGCAUCUACAACACCCCAAUAUCCUACGCUUAUACAACUACUUCCAUGAUGCUCGCCGGAUAUACCUGGUUCUGGAAUAUGCUCCAAGGGGUGAACUCUACAAGGAACUGCAAAAAUGUCACAGAUUCGAUGAACAGCGUACAGCCACGAUAAUGGAGGAGCUGGCAGAUGCCCUGACCUACUGCCAUGAUAAGAAAGUGAUUCACAGGGACAUUAAGCCAGAGAACCUGCUGCUAGGGUUCAGGGGUGAGGUGAAGAUUGCAGAUUUUGGCUGGUCUGUGCACACCCCUUCUCUGAGGAGAAAGACAAUGUGUGGGACUCUGGACUACUUGCCCCCAGAAAUGAUUGAGGGGAGAACGUACGAUGAGAAGGUGGAUCUGUGGUGUAUUGGGGUGCUCUGCUAUGAGCUGCUGGUGGGAAAUCCACCCUUUGAGAGCCCCUCCCAUAAUGAGACCUACAGACGCAUCCUCAAGGUGGAUGUGAGAUUUCCCCUAUCAUUGCCCUUGGGGGCCCAGGACUUGAUCUCGAAGCUUCUCAGAUACCAACCCUUGGAGCGACUGCCUCUGGCCCAGAUCAUGGAGCACCCCUGGGUCCAGGUUCACUCCCGGAGGGUGCUGCCUCCCAGUGCUCAGAUGGCUUCCUGAGCCCUGCCUGCUUCUUUCUGUUCCUUUGUGUUUGUUCAGGGAGCUCUCCUGGCUCUGCUACCUCAUUUGUCUUUGUUUCCUCUUUUUUAAGAUGUAAGAUGCUAAUUAAUAAAAGCUGGCUAAUCUUGCACCAGG